AUGAAUGACUCCAUUCGAGUCGGUUGUCAUAGCGAUCACAUUGACAUCGAUUUCAUCGAUCGAUCGGUCGGUGCCGUCAAAGAGACUGAUCCGACGGACAGACGGACGACAGACACCCGAUCGGUGAUCCGCGAAGACAUGGCGUGGAUAUCGGACGCCGUGUUGUUGUCGAUGACAACAGUGUUGUCGUAUAUGAACUCAUUUGAGGGCAACUUUGUCUUCGACGACGUGUCGGCGAUUGUCCACAACCGACACAUCCGUACGAACGAGACGUCCGUUUGGCCGGUGUUUGAGACCGACUACUGGGGGACAGACAUCACGUCAGAGCACAGCCACAAGUCGUACCGUCCGCUCACUGUUAUCACAUUCCGACUCAAUUAUCUGCUCAAUGGUCUUCAGCCCGAAGGCUAUCACGUGGUCAACGCUUUACUCCAUCUCAUUGUCGUUCAACUCUUUUAUCGUUUUUGUCUUCAAUUCCUUAACCACCGAAGAAUGGCGUUAAUCGCUUCCAUACUCUUCGCCGUUCAUCCGCUUAAGACCGAAGCCGUGUCCGGAGUGGUUGGUCGCGCGGAACUCCUGUCGACCACAUUCUUCCUCAUCUCAUUGAUGUCAUACAUGAAGCGACGCUACUUUGUGUUCAUAUGUGGUGUCAUUUGCGCCAUACUUAGCAAAGAGCAGGGGUUGACUGUUUUGGCCGUUUGUCUCGCGUACGAAGUGUCCAACUGUUUGUGCCGGACGUCGACUGUGAAGCGCUCAUUCCUCAUGAGUGUGUUUUUGAUUAUUUUUGGCUCAAUAUUAGCGGCCGUAAGGAUCGCCGUAAUGGGCGGCAAACAUAACCUCCCGGUGUUUACCAAGUUUGACAAUCCGGCCUCAUUUGAGUCCUACCCCUCCAGACAUCUCACUUACAAUUACUUAUUGCCAUUGAAUGCGUGGCUAUUGUUAUAUCCGUACCAUUUGUGCUGCGAUUGGACGAUGAGAUCGAUCGCUUUGAUCCGCGACUUCGAUGAUCCCAGAAAUGUGUGGACUCUUGUAUUUUACGCCACACUUAUAGCUCUAGUCAUUAGAUGUUUAUACAAUUUGUUUCGCCACCGAAGCGAUCGUUUAGUGAUAAUAUUGUCGUUAAUUAUCUUCCCAUUCAUUCCGGCGUCGAAUCUGUUCUUCGCGGUCGGCUUUGUGAUCGCCGAACGCACUCUAUAUAUACCGAGCACUGGCUUCUCAUUGCUGGUCGCCUACGGCUUCGUUAGGAUCGAGAAUCACUUCCAACGCCGACAUAUGCUUAAGAAGUGUCUGUUGAUUAUGUUUUCGGUGACCAUUGGUUUGUUUUGCCUCAAGACUCAGUUCCGGAACGACGACUGGAGCGACGAGUUGUCACUCUUCUCGUCGGCCAUUAAAGUGAACGCAAAUAACGCCAAACUAUACAACAAUGUCGGACACCAUUACGAAAAGCUGAAAGACUUUGACACAGCGUUACAGUACUUCCAGAAGGCGUCCGAACUGCAGGCCGACGACUUGGGCUCUCAGAUCAAUAUCGCCCGAACUCUCAUCAAUUUGGGUCAACACUCCAGUGCCGAACGCAUGCUCUGGAAACUCAAACCCAAAGUCAAACUCUCGGCCAUUAAUAACCGAAUUAUUCCCAAUUAUCUCAAUCUGUGGAUCAAUUUGGCGAACAUUAUCGUCAAGAAUGAGACCAGACUUUCGGAGGCGGAAAAUUUAUACAAAGAGCUAAUAGGGAUGCGUUCGGACUUCGUUGAGGCCUAUAUUAAUUUGGGAGACAUUCUUAUACGUCAGUCCAAACUGACCGAAGCGGUCGACGUUUACCGCAGAGGCCUAUCGUUGGCCCAAACGGACAGAAGAGCCGAUUUGUACUUUAAUUUAGGUGUCGUUCACUCAAUGCUAUUGAAGGCAAACGCCGAUGAAAUGGACAGCAAUCGGACCGAAAACGUGUUAUUAAUCGCCGAAUACUUCCAGAAUUCAACGCUAUUUAAUAGCAAUCAUAAGGAAUCGAUCGUCAAUUUGGCGAUUCUUCUGCAACAAUACGAACCAAUUCUGCGUCCAUUCAAAGAAACAUUGAUCCGCACAAUGAAGAGCUAUUCGGGCGCCGAUCCGGAACUCGUGUACUUCAAUCUGGCGCUACUCCUGUCCGACGCGGGCGACAACCGGUCGGCCAUUCAUUAUCUGAAGCGAGCGAUUGAGUUGAGGUCCGACUUCAGGAGCGCUUUAUUCAAUUUGGCGCUCAUUUUGAUGGAAACUCACGACUAUAUGGAAGCGCAACACUAUUUGAAUCAAUUGAUUCAUUUCUAUCCCAAUCACACCAAAAGUCUUCUCCUCAUUGGAAACCUUUAUGUCAAUCAUUUGAAUGAUUUCGCAAACGCCGAAAGAAGCUAUUUGGAAGUGUUGCGACACAAUAAGUCGGAUAACGAGGCGUUUCACAACUUGUGUGUCGUUUACCACAAGCAGAACAAGACUCAAGAGGCCAAUGAGUGCUUCACUCAGUUUAAGACACAGACAAACGUCAAGAUUGCCGAACAAUGAGCUCAAGAGUUGGGAAAUGACAUCACAUUCAACACAUUCUCGCCGAUAACUUCUUCAUCUAUUGAUCAGUGAUUUAUAUGGUUUACGCGUGAUAUCAAUGAAUUGUUAGACUAAUCACCUCCGCCGCCAUCACCUCCGCCACCACCACCUCCUCCCCCAUCACC